AUGGCCGCGCAUCGAGGCAUACUGCGGCGCAUGCUGUCGUCCGCAUCCGCCUCGAUGCAUCCCCCCGCAGACCCGGAGAGGCAGUACACGUCGUCAACACUCCCCGUCAAGCCCAAGCACUUGAGCGUCUUGACCUCCAAUCCCGAGGACCUCGUCCCAGCCGCCGACAAGCUGCUCAUCUUCCGCACACUCACUGGGAUCGACACGGUGCCUGUGGUCUCCUCAGGUCACACGACACGAACAGCGGCGAACAUUGGUAUCUACACCCGCGUGGUGCGCCAUGAGCGUGCAGCCAAGAAGAUGUACAGGGUCAUCAAGCUGCUCGCCUCACUCUGUCUCGGGCUUCAGAUCCUGUUUGGCGCCGCCGUCACGGCGCUUGGCGCGGCAGGGGGCUCCUACAACGGCAUCACCGGGCUAGGCGCGUGCUCCACCAUCACCGCGAGCAUCGUUGCGUAUAUCAAGGGCAGUGGCCAGCCUGACAAGCUCAAGCACGCUGAGACCCGUUGGCGGACCGUCCGUGAGUAUAUUGAGCAGCGGGAGCGAGAGCUGUGCCUCUUGAACUGUGGACUGGACGUAUAUCACGAGGUCAUGAUUGUGGAGGACAUGUACCAGACGGUUAAGGAGGAACUUGCCGUCAAGGGCCCGAACCAGCAGAACGGAACGGCACCUACCACGGCCACCAACGGCGCAGGCAUGGGCGGCGGCGGCGGUUCAGAAGGCAUUCCGCAGCGGGUGAACAGUCUGCGCGGAGGUGCUGUGAAGAACACGGAUGGGUGGAAGAAGCAGACUGGCGCCGGCAUCAAUGAGCGCAUCAACGACUUUGGCACGAGCGCCCGUGGCUUCGUUGAUAAGCUCGGGCAUGCAGGCGACACGACGAGCCGAGAAAUGGACGGUCAGGUGAACAGCUUGGGCGCUGCUGGCUCUGGGCUCGUGGACAAGAUCGAUAGUGGGAGGGACACGGCGAGUAGAGGCAUCGGUCAGCACCUUGGCGCGGUGGCUGCUAAUCUGCGUGAGAAGGCGGAGGAUGUCAGCGCCGCGGGGCACGACAUUCUGCAUCGACCUGUACAUCAGACGGAGCCGACCGGGACGGUAGACUGUCGCCGCGAGAAUGGGUGCCGAUGUGGUGCGGAGAAGGGCCCGACAAGCGGUGCCAGGAGUUGA